AUGAUGCUGCCCACUCGAGAGGCUUUUCACGGAGAGUUUGACACAGGGGGAGAGGAGGCUCCCUUGCUCAGGCGCACUGGCGGUCUCUGCCCAGAGGAUGGAAACUGUCUGCAGCGGCUUUGUGCGUUCGUGCUUCGGUGUCUGUGUGGCGUUCGCCCGUCUUACAGAGAGCGCCUAAUACACUUCUCAGGCCAUACUAUCCCGAAGCACUUCACUAGUAACGCCAUCAAAAAUACUAAGUACUCCUUUUUCACAUUUCUUCCCGUCGUUCUCUUCCAGCAAUUCAGGUUCUUUUUCAAUUUGUUUUACCUUCUUGUGGCCCUCGCCCAGCUCGUUCCCAUUCUGCAGGUCGGCCCCCUCUUCACGUACUUGGCGCCUCUGGCGUUCGUGCUGCUCGCCACGCUCGCGAAGGAGGCUUACGAUGACAUCAAGCGAUGGGUUCGGGACAAAGAGCUGAACGGCCAGCAGUACAUGAGGCUUUUGCCUACAGGCUUCGUACCCGUGAGCGCGAGCACAAUUCGUGUGGGGCAUAUAAUUCAAGUAGAGGCCAAUGAGAGAGUCCCUGCAGAUUUAAUAUUUUUGAAGACAACAGAGAAAAACGGCAGCUGUUUCGUCCGCACAGACCAGCUGGAUGGAGAGACGGACUGGAAGCUCAGGAGGGCGGUUAAUUUGACCCAACAUUUGCCAGCUGCUGAGCUUAUAGCGACUUUGGAUGCCCAGGUCCUUGUCGAGGCUCCGAGACAAGACAUUUAUGAGUUUACAGGGCGCUUCUCUUUCUUUGGGGACAGCAACAGCAGCAGCAGUAGCAGCAACAAUAAGAGUGGAAGAAAAGAAGAGGGCGGAGACGUUGCUACAGCACCUGUCACGGCAGCCAGCACGGAAGCUCAGCCUGAUGCAAGCGGAACUCUUCGGCAGCAGCAGCAAUGCCAGCCCAGCAUCAGGCCCUUGUCAUCAUCUGCAGCACCGUCAGCAACUACAGCAGCAGGGAUCGCAGGAGCGGGACCUGCUGACGCAGUGGUGGAUGUGAGUAGAGGAAGCUGCGGAACUUGUCACGUGGAGCCUCUGGGUCUUGAUCAGGUCCUCUGGGCUAACACCGUUGUCGCGUCAGGCACUGUCAUUGGCAUUGCAAUCUAUACUGGCAGAGAGACCCGCGCAAGCAUGAACGCGUCUCAGGCAGUGACGAAGGUCGGCUUGUUUGACUUGGAGGUCAACUUGAUGUCUAAGAUACUAUUUGGUUUGCUCUGCAUUCUGUCUCUGUCCUUGGUGGCGCUGAGGGGUUUGGAGGGGAUUUGGCUCAUUUACUUCUGUCGCUUUAUCCUUCUCCUCUCCUCCAUCAUACCUAUAAGUCUUCAAGUCAACUUAAUUAUUGCCAAGACGCUGCACAGCCUUAAUAUCAUGCGAGACAAGAAGAUGAAGGGAGCUCUAGUGCGCACCUCCACACUGCCAGAAGAGCUAGGUCGUAUUGGGUACCUGUUGUCUGACAAGACAGGAACUCUGACUCAGAAUGAAAUGCAUUUCAAAAAGCUGCACAUAGGGAGGGCUUUGUUUGCUGAGGACGGACUCAGCCAGCUCCACCAAAUAGUGCUCCACCACUGUUGCAGCACUGUUGGGGCCCCGGCAGAUGCAACGGUACUUGCCAUUCAGAGGGAAGACCCAGUUGCUUCUCAAAAUGCUCACUUGAGACCGUCUGUGGGCGGCCCUGAGCGGCGAAACAGAAGAACAGAAGUAGAAAAAGUUGCAUUUGAAGCCAUCAAAGCUCUGAGCAUUUGUCAUAAUGUAACUCCCGUCUAUGAAGAAGGGCAGCUUAGGUUUCAAGCCGCUUCCCCAGACGAAGUUGCACUUGUCAACUUCGCAAGUGAAGUUGGCCUCCGACUCGUUGAGAGAGAUGAGCACAGCAUGACUCUUCAGGGACCUGGCGGCUUUCUGUUUGAAUAUGAAGUCCUUCAUUGCUUUCCAUUCUCGUCUGAGCUCAAAAGGAUGGGCAUCAUUGUGCGCGAGAAGUCCUCUGAGCGCAUCUUCUUUUACGUCAAGGGAGCGGAGACUGUCAUGCUUUCGCUUGUGAGACCCAAAGGAUCCCAAUGGUUGGGAGAAGAAUGUGACAACUUCGCCAGACAAGGUCUACGCACGUUAGUGUUCGCUUACAAGGAACUGACGGUGGCGCAGCUAGAUGCUUUUCGGCUCAAGUACGAGGAGGCGAGGAGACACAUGCAACAGAGAGAGCGACGCGUCCGAAGAGAAAUAGAGAGACUCGAGCAAGACCUUCUUUUACUAGGCCUCACAGGGGUUGAAGACAAACUGCAAGAUAAUGUCCCCGAGACGCUGGAGGCCCUUCGUCACGCGGGGAUAAAGAUAUGGAUGCUUACAGGAGAUAAAGUCGAGACCGCAACUUGCAUCGCUGUCUCUGCAGGCCUAAAGACGAGACACGACACUCUUGCUAUUCUUUCCUCAGCCACUAUUAAGACGCCUUCUCAGGCUCAGGAGGCGCUGGAACGCUUCAGCAUGGGUCCAAGCGAAUCGGUUUUAGUUGUUGACGGCCGCGUCUUGUCACUUUUUCUUUCACACUUUCCGAAGUACUUCAUACUAUCAGCAUGUCAGGCCCCCGCUGUGGUCUGCUGUCGCUGUUCCCCGACCCAGAAGGCAGCAGUUGUUUCUCUGCUGAAACUUUACACAGACAGACGGACAUGUGCAGUUGGCGACGGAGGAAAUGAUGUCUCCAUGAUCCAAGCAGCUGAUGUGGGUAUUGGUUUGGAAGGAAAGGAGGGCCGCCAGGCGUCGCUAGCUGCUGAUUUUUCAUUGUCUCAGUUUAGCCACCUGAGGCGUCUGCUGCUGUGGCACGGCCGGAACAGCUACCAGCGAAGCGCAAAGCUUUCGCAAUUUGUUGUUCAUCGAGGCCUCAUUAUUGCCGUUAUUCAAGUCAUCUUCUCGGCCGUCUUUUACUUCAUUCCUCUGGCGAUCUUCCAAGGCUGGCUGCAGGUCGGGUACGCAACAUACUACACCACGGCGCCUGUGCUGUCUCUCGUAUUAGAUGUGCAACUGCCUGAAAAGGUUGUAUUUAUGUUUCCUGAAUUGUACCAGUCCCUACGGGCAGGGAGAGCCCUGUCCAUCAAAAGCUUCUUUAGUUGGGUCUGGAGAUCUGUUUACCAGGGAGCUGUGGUCAUGCUAGGGGCAAUUGUUCUUUUUGAACAAAGUCUUACCAACAUCGUCUCCAUCACUUUUACUUCUCUUGUCCUCGCCGAAUUGCUGAAUGUCGCAUCCGAAAUACAAACAUGGCACCCACUGAUGGUAUCAUCUGAGAUAUGCACUGUCACCAUAUAUAUCUUCUCCAUGUUCAUCCUCCGCAGCUAUUUCGACAUCACCUUUGUGAUGACACACGCUUUCUGGGCCAAAGUUUUCGUCAUCACGUUGGCCUCAUGGUUGCCCCCUCAUUUAUUCGCCGUCGUGAAGAAAAUUGUUCAGCCACCACAGUACUCGAAAUUGACUGCAGCAUGA